AUGGACAACUUGUGGUACAGGUAUUUCAUGAGUAAAGGAGUGAAAGAUAAAAUUAGAGAUCAUUUGUUGGUACCCUUUGCUAGGUACCUGGUAUCGCCCACAUCCACUGCACACCCGCCAGGCGGUGCCGGGUUCCGGCUUUUGUGGCUAAAAAAGGGGUGGUACCCAGGUACCGCUACAGGUACCGCCCCCACAGGACAGUCCUUGAUGGUGACGCACAGCCAAAUAGUUCAACAGUUCCAAAGCUCUGAUGACUGUUUUGGGUGCUGGAGGAUCCAUGUAGUCAAUAUAUCUCAACAGUCAAAGUGGACCAAGUCGUCCACCCCCAACUUCUUCAAUUCUAGUACCACACUGGCUAAGUUUGAACGCAAGAUCUCGGGCACUUCCCAGGACGUAUACAACUGGCUCGUCCGGAAUGUUGUUAAGCAGAAGCUUUUGAGAUAG